ACCAACAACCGAUUUCGUGAGUGAAAUGAAGCGCUCAGUUAAUGUGCUGACACUGCACAACGUGACAGAACACCACGCAGGCACCUACACCUGUACGGCCAUCCCGAAUGAUGCUGACAAUGAUGAUGACGAGUUGGCGGGCGAAGCGCCCCUGCUGACUCGACUGGUCACACUGGAAGUGCUGUCACCGCCGCUCGUCGUAAAGAAGCCAAAGUCUGACGUCUACCCCACUGCCAAAACGGUCAGGAUCGAAUGCGAAGCCAAAGGAAACCACUGCCCGACAUUUAAUGUGCUGACACUGCACAACGUGACAGAACACCACGCGGGCACCUACACCUGUACGGCCAUCCCGAAUGAUGCUGACGAUGAUGAUGACGAGUUGGCGGGCGAAGCGCCCCUGCUGACUCGACUGGUCACACUGGAAGUGCUGUCACCGCCGCUCGUCGUAAAGAAGCCAAAGUCUGACGUCUACCCCACUGCCAAAACGGUCAGGAUCGAAUGCGAAGCCAAAGGAAACCCACUGCCCGACAUUGUAUGGCUCAAGAACGGACAAACACUCAGGAUAAAUGGUAGAGUAAGCGCACGCAACCAGUCUCUAGUGCUUAGCAACUCUGUGCCGGAUGAUUCAGGCGUCUACCAGUGCGUGCUUAGCAACGGCGUGGGGGCGGGUGCUUGGGCCGCUGCUAGGGUGCUGGUGAAUGUGAGCACAAGUGACCAGCCUGCCGCCCCCACCAGCCUCCAAUGCACUGCCACCUCCGCCACACAGGUCACGGUCACCUGGCAGCAGCCGACAAGUGCCAAGGAGGUGCAGGCUUAUACUGUGCACUAUCUACCCACUGAUGGUGGAGAAGAAAUGAGAACGGUGUCCCUGAAUAGAUCAUUCACUGUCAACAACCUACUGCCUUUUACAAACUACACUUUUUACAUCAGAGCCUAUGGCAAAAAAUCAGCCAGCGAUCAGUCGCUGCCCGUCACUUGUUUAACUGGAGAAGAAGUUCCUGUGGGCGCCCCAGAAGUGCAGGUGGAGUCUGAGAACCCGACGUCGCUGAGUGUGUCGUGGACGCCGCUCAGUGACAAGCUGGCCCGCGGGCAGAUAUCAGAGUACAAAAUACAGUGGCGACGCAAUGACCAUCACUCCACCAACAAUGUCGACACCGUUAAGGACCAUGUCACUCACUACUUGAUAACAGGUUUGCAGCCGGAUACGGCUACGAGGUGCGAGUGUUGGCGGCCACUGCGCAGGGUUGGCCCAAUAUGGCUGACGAGGCGUUGCCAUGCAACAGGUGCACACGCUGCCAGUAGAGCCCGACAUGCACUCCUACCUAUGCCUCAGUUGCAGCUUACUGUCACCAAUUCCACCACAAUACUGGUGAAAUGGAGUUUGGAGCCUGUACAGCAGAAAGUCGAUGGAUUCCAUUUGUCCUAUCGCAAGCAGAAUGGAGAACUGUUGGGACCUGAACUGAUAGAUGCCAGGAAAACUGAACAUGUGUUAGCAGAUCUUGAACCGGAAACAUGGUACGAAGUGGUGAUGAGUGGCAUAUCGCAGGGUGUCGAAGGUGAGUCAGCCGUUCGCUCCAUUCAGACCUGGGCCUGGCAGGCGGGCGAAGCGGUGCUGAUGCCACUUCCGGCCCCCACCCACCUGUUUGCCGAGCCCGUGUCACCCACCGCCAUCAACCUGACGUGGGUGGGGUCAGUCCCACCCGCCAACGUGUCCCACUACACAAUCAGCUACCACCUGGUGCAGACCGCUCUACCUCUUCACAACUCGUCUAUCUAUUUUUUAAACAGUACAAGCACCGGAGUUCAAAUAACUGGUCUAAAGGCGUACACUCUGUACGAGUUGAAAGUGAGGACGCACGACGAGAAUAACAGGCACAGCGAGUACAGUCAGAAGCUCGAGUGUCGAACAUCGAAGACCGUGAUGCCGGGUCCCGUUCAUGACGUGCAGUGGAAGCUGAUGAACUCGAGUACAGUGCGCAUCUCGUGGAAAGAGCCUUUGAAAGUGAAUGGAGUCAUUGUCAACUACACCCUCGCCUACUCGCAACACCCCGCCCAACCUAUCGCCGACUGGACUAAAACUAUUGUACCUGCAUCUAAGCUAAGCACAAACUUGACAUCAUUGAAGAAUAACCGUUACACUUUAAAAAUAUGGGCGAGUAGUGGGGCAGGACCGGGGCCUCCUUCUCCAAAUUUGGAAAUUACAAUUCCCUCGAAAAUCGGCCGCAAACUGCCUCCUAUUUCCGACCAAUCAACUGAGACUACACCUGAUCGAAAACCUGAUCAAAUUCUUGGCAUUGUGAUCGGCUGUGUGAUUGGCGCCAUCUGCAUAAUAAUGUGCACCAUAGUGCUGGUGUACCGACACAAGUGCACCAAGCCGGGGCCUAUCUGCCGCACCGGGCAGGCGGCCGCCAACGGCUCCACCGGCUUCUAUCUGCCGCCCUCCACCGCCUUUGACGAAAUGCAUGAAAUGGAGUGCUUCACCGGACCUCUCGACACCAAGGGUGGCUUCCCACAAGAUCAAGUGAAUGGAUUAAAGCUGACACUACUCACCAAUGGACGAAUUCCCAAUGGACAUGCAACAAGAGAACGUGAUCAUGGUGUCAGAAUAACAGAAAAUCCUCAGUUUAACUCGCCGAUCGGCAACCUGUCGCCGGGCUCGUGCGAGGGCAUGCGCGUGGCCAGCGACGAGGGUGACAGUCUGCUCAGUGGAGGUCUCCAGGAGGCGGAGGUUGACGCCCUCGAGGAGGACGAUGAUGGGGAGAGCACCAGUCUCAACGACACGCAACUGACAGUACUGGACUGUUGCCAACAGCAUGGAAACGACAGGCAUCUGACAGCCUGUUGCCAACAGCAUGGAAACGACAGGCAUCUGACAGCAGCGCUGGACUGUUGCCAGCAGAACGAGGCGACUGUCAAGUGCUGCAAGACAGAACGGAUGAUAGCCGACGAUGAUGACGGCUUCCAUGAGAACGAGAACCAUCGUCACCAUCACCUCAUCAUGUUGGGGCCCAACGGAUGAGUGCGGCACAAGCGGCUGGCUCCCCGUCGCAAGC